AUGACGGAGAAAUCAAGAGAUAUCCUUCACGCCACAUCAAGCAACCUCGAGUUGUUGACUGGUUAUAUUAGCCCACGAAACGAGUUUGAGAUCACAACUCUGAAUACGCCUGAUGAGAAAGCGCGCAAGACCCUCCACGCCACGUCAAACAACCUCGAGUUGUUGACUGAUUAUUGGGACCCAAAAUGUAUUUCGAUUGCCUAG